CUUUUAAUUCCACACGUCGAUCCUCAAAUUUCAACGAAUUAACCUCCACUCUUUUUUUUCCAGUUACCUCCGUCUUUCUCCCCUUCAAAGCUUCGCGUGACUCCUAAGCCGUAAGAGAGAAAGCAAAAAGAGAAGCGGCGGGAAGUGCCAGAGAAAUUUCUUCGGUGAAUUCGACCUCCAUGGAUCCAGACGCCCUUGCGAAGGCAUUCGUGGAGCUCUACUACAGCACGUUCGACAGCAAUCGAGCAGGAUUGGCCAGCCUCUACCAGGACGGCUCCAUGCUGACCUUCGAAGGCCAGAAGAUCCAGGGCUCGCAGAACAUCGUCGCGAAGCUUACCAGUCUUCCUUUCCAGCAGUGCCAGCACAGCAUCACAACCGUUGAUUGCCAGCCGUCUGGUCCCGCCGGCGGCAUGCUCGUCUUCGUCUCUGGUAACCUCCAGCUCGCCGGCGAGCAGCACGCUCUCAAGUUCAGCCAGAUUGUGUUGUUCCGUAAUUCGCAAUUGGCAAUUGUAUGUUUGCUGGCCUUUGCUUCUGGUUCACCGGAGUAG